AUGGGCAAUGAUUGCUCAAAUAAGAACAAUAGUUGCUCAACUAUUAACAAUAGUUGCCCAUAUAUGGACAAUGGUUGCCCAAAUAUGAACAAUAGAUUCCCAAAUAUGGGCAAUGGUUACCCAAAUACAGACAAUGAUUACUCAAAUAUUACCAAUGACUGCCCAUAUACAGACACUGGUUGCCCAAAUAUGGGCAAUGGUUACCCAAAUACAGACAAUGAUUACACAAAUAUUACCAAUGACUGCCCAUAUACAGACACUGGUUGCCCAAAUAUGGGCAAUGGUUACCCAAAUACAGACAAUGAUUACACAAAUAUUACCAAUGACUGCCCAUAUACAGACACUGGUUGCCCAAAUAUGGGCAAUGGUUACCCAAAUACAGACAAUGAUUACACAAAUAUUACCAAUGACUGCCCAUAUACAGACAUUGGUUGCCCAAAUAUGGGCAAUGGUUACCCAAAUACAGACAAUGAUUACACAAAUAUUACCAAUGACUGCCCAUAUACAGACACUGGUUGCCCAAAUAUGGGCAAUGGUUACCCAAAUACAGACAAUGAUUACACAAAUAUUACCAAUGACUGCCCAUAUACAGACACUGGUUGCCCAAAUAUGGGCAAUGGUUACCCAAAUACAGACAAUGAUUACACAAAUAUUACCAAUGACUGCCCAUAUACAGACAAUGGUUGCCCAAAUAUGGGCAUUGGUACAAUUAAUUAG